ACAGAGGAUACAUAUUAUGGGCAACAUGCAUGAAAUUGAUCAGUUGAUCAUGUAAUUUUAGGGGCAAUGGGUGAAAAAGGUUCCAUCUAAUUGAAAUUCUUAAAUGGGUAGUUUGAUGGGUGGUCCAGCCGAUGGGUGGUGAAUGGUGUCAGAGUCUCAGAGAUAAGAAGAAAGGGUGUGGGGUUGGGCGUGGUGGUGGGUUGAAGGAGGAAGAACUGUGGGCAUUUUUAUAGAUCGUAUGAUGGAGCAGAUAUUGUUCCUGAUAUCAUUACAUAUAGCAGCCUCAUAAAUGGGUACUGCAAGAAGAAGCAAGUGAGUAAGGCCAGGCAUAUCUUUCAAGACAAGGGUUUGAUUCCUAAUGUUGUUAGUUACAGUAGCAUGAUACAAGGUUUGUUUGAAUCAGGGAAUCCUGCAGCGGCUAGAGAACUCUUUAACGAGAUGCAAGCAAAGGGCCACACUCCAACCGUAUUGACUUAUGGCAUCUUGUUCCAUGGAAUGUGCAGAAACUCCCAGACAACUGAUGCAUUGGCUCUCUUCCGUUCGCUGGGAAGCAAUGAAUUGAUGAAAAAUAUAGUGUUGUAUAAUAUAUUGAUCGAUGGUUGUAACAAAUGUGGGAAGCCUAACUUAGCUUUGGAUCUGUAUGAUGAACUUCUAUUAAGAGGAUUGAAACCAACUGUUAGGACCUAUAACGCAGUGAUACUUGUUUAUUGCGAAGAAGGGUUAUUGGUUAAAGUUAAAGAAUUGCUCAGAAAGAUGGACGUGAACGGUUGUUUGCCAAAUAGUUUCACAUACAAUAUAAUAGUUCGAGAGUUACUAAAGAAAAACGAGUGUGGAGAGGCUGAGAUCUUUCUUGAAGAAAUGAUAAACCGAGGUUUUAUGCCUGAUCAUGCUACUUUUGAGAAUUUACUAGUCCGGAUCCCAAAUGUAGGAAAAGAUUCUCGUUUGCGAACUAUUGUUCUAAAGCUAACAAGUGUAGAAAGAAAAGAUGGGGGAAUACCUAAUAUAACAUCUCCAGGAUAAUAUGUGUAAUUGUUGUGCAAUAUUCUUCUCUGAAAAUUGACAUACUGGUUAUUGGUUUCAUAAUGCAAAACACUGAAUAAC